GUUGCCGUUCUUUAGCCAAGUGAAAGCUGUUUUAAAUGUUUAAUAUUAUAUGUCGCAGAAAACCAAUACUCGGCUCGCUCUCGCGAUUCCAAGGACUCACUCGAAGUGGGCAAACACGCCGCGCGAUCGCCGAAGACUGUGUAGAAAAUCUUCCUAGUCGGUGUCGAGCGGGCACUACGCGCUCACUCAAGAGCGUGACGCAUAAUAUAAUAUUAUUAGGCAUCGUUUGCGUGACGCGAAAAAUAAAAAAUAAUAUCAAUAUCGUCUACGAGCGUCAAACGGACCGGUGCGUCGAAUUUCGAUGGCGGACCGCGGACAAUGUCGGUGCCGGUGCACCGACCCGUAGCAGCAGCCGCCACAACGGUGACGGCGGACGAUGGCGCAGCGGCUACGGCCAAAGUCGUGGAGAUACGAAAUCGUCAUGUUCCUCGCCGUCAACACGUCGUUCCUGGUGCUGUUCGACGCCUUCUCUGCAGACCGCGACACCCGGCGGAGCGCACCGGUGCGCCCCGGACCGUCACCGAUGCUCACCGGCGGCCGGCGGCGCCCGUUGUUGGACCUGAACGGCUUCGAGUACGUCGUCGACAGCGGCGCGUGCGACGGGCCGCGACGCCACACGCCCAUCGUGGUGCACAGCUACGUAGGCCACUUCGAGCGUCGCCGGGCCAUCCGGCGGUCCUAUCCACGAACGGUGCUCGACCGGCUUGGAUUCCGUCACGUGUUCAUGGUCGGCUUGCCGUCGUCGGGCGACGGCGACCUACAGGCCCGGCUGAUCCGGGAGUCGUCCCGGCACGGCGACGUGGUGCAGGGCAACUUUCACGAAGCAUACAGGAACCUGACGUACAAGCACGCGAUGGGCCUGACUUGGUUCGCGGAACGGUGCUCGCGGUCGGACUACGUGGUCAAGAUGGAUGACGACAUCGCGGUGAAUGUGUUCAAGCUGAAAGCCGUGCUGGGACGCGUCGACAACCGCGACCUGGCCGGGUGCGUGAUCGCCGCGAAACCGAUACGGGACGAGAGCAACAAGUGGUACGUGAGCCGCGCGGAGUUUGAGGGCGACGUGUACCCGCCGUUCCUAUCCGGUUGGUUGUACGCAGCCAGAGCGGCGUCCGUCCCACGUUUGCUGCGGGCGAUCGGUGUGCGAGAAAAAUACUUUUGGAUCGACGAUCUGUACGUGACGGGCAUACUAGCCGAACGCGCAGGACUUGAGUUCACCGACCUGAGACCCGACUUCGAGACCGAUCCGGGACCGAUACACUGUUGCGUACACAAGCGACAGCGGUGCGACUUUCUGGCAGCACCCACUGGCGACGAUGACACUUUGCUCCAGCGAUACGCCAAACAGCUUACAAGUUGUAAGGCUACCAACUCGUCUUGUGAUGUGUUUCGUAAAUCCAAACUCCAUCACAACUGUCUGGACUUGUGGAAAAAAAAGCCACUAGACGUGCGCAUGGGAAAACCGUCAAUAGAAAUAUUGAAUUGGAAUUAAUGAUCUAAACAAUAAGACUUGUGAUAUGGACUUAUAUGGACUUGAUAUUUUAAUAUUAAAAUCCGAUCAAGCAAAAACAAUACAAACAGAAAACUAUUGCAUAUAAAUAUAAUAUAUUGGAAGUAAUUCACCAUUUUAUAAAUCAAAUAUUUCAUGUGAUAUUUAACAAUUUAUUUGUAACAAACUAAUCACGACGAUAAUGAUUUUUUUCUAAAUUUAUUGUUGACUUAAAUUAAGUUCCUUUUUUGUUGUUUAGUUUUAUUUUAAUAGAAAUAAUUUGAAUCAUUACUGUAAUAUUUUAAGUUUGCUUUACUUUAUAGUAGUAGUACCCACUAUAGUUAGUAAUAUUUUGUUUAUAUUGUUUAUAAAUAAAUAUACAAUUAUGAGAAAUAAAUAAUUUAUUCAUUUAAGACACUUAGGUUAUGUUAGGUUUUAAACAACUAAUAUCUCAUACUAAAAUCAUUAAUAAAUAAAGUAUUUAUUGUGUAUAAAAAAGAAUUUUGUUUAGGAAUAAAUCAAUUCACAAACAUUACAAAACAAUAAUCAAACAAUUUGAGAAUGAAUAAAAUGCAGGGUAGUUUUAAAA